UUUUAUUUGUUAAUGAAAAAAGAUAGUGAAUGUGUGAAAGUUGUUGUUAGAGUGAGACCCUUUAAUUAAAAGGAAAAAGAAAACAAUAGUAAGCCUUGUUUAAAUGUGGAUGAAAAACUAAAUACAAUUGAACUAAUUAAGGUAGUAUAAUUGAUAAAAAGUAGCCUGUUGAUAAUGAAGCAAAGUAGUUUUCUUAUGAUUAUGUUUUUGGAAUGAAUGCAAAAUAAUCUUAUAUAUAUGAGAAGACAGCAUUUAAUUUAGUAGAAUCAGUGAUUGAUGGGUAUAAUGGAACAAUAUUUGCAUAUGGAUAAACAGGUAAAGUUAAUGUUAAUUUAAGGAUGUGGAAAGACAUUUACUAUGACUGGAAUUCCUGAGAAUGUAUGUUUUUAUUUAAAGUUUAUAGUAAGAACUUAAGGGAAUCAUACCAAGAACUUUUACAUAAAUAUAAACAAUUAUUGAUACGAAUACAGAUACAAAAAAGAAAUUUUUGGUGAGAUGUUCUUUCCUUGAAAUAUAUAAUGAAGAGAUUCGAGAUUUAUUGGGAAAAGAUCAUAAAGCAAGAUUAGAUUUAAAGGAAUCUCAAGGAAGUGUCACAGUAAAAGAUUUAACAAUGGUGACAGUAAAAACUGCAUAAGAUAUGGAUAAAUACAUGACAAUAGGUUAAAAUAAUAGAUCAGUUGGAGCUACAGCAAUGAAUGCAUAAUCAAGUAGAUCUCAUUGCAUUUUUACAGUAUAUGUAGAAAGUUAGAUAGUGAAUGAUAAAGGGAAUGAGUUUAUUAGAGUAGGGAAACUAAAUUUGGUUGAUUUAGCAGGAAGUGAAAGAUAGUCAAAAACUUAAGCAACAGGAGACAGAUUGAAAGAAGCAACAAAAAUAAAUUUAUCUUUAUCAGCAUUAGGAAAUGUGAUUUCAGCAUUAGUGGAUGGAAAAACAUAACAUAUCCCUUAUAGAGAUUCUAAAUUAACACGAUUAUUAUAAGACUCUUUGGGAGGUAAUACUAAAACAGUAAUGAUUACUGCAUUAAGUCCUGCUGAUUAUAAUUAUGAUGAAACACUUUCUAGUUUAAGAUAUGCAUCUAGAGCUAAAAUGAUUAAAAAUUAACCUAAAAUUAAUGAGGAUCCAAAAGAUGCUUUACUUAAAUAAUAAGCAGAUGAAAUUUAAAAACUAAAAGAAUAAUUAUCUAAAUUACAUAAAACUGGUGAAGGAACAGGAACAGGAUCAGAAAAGAAUAUUUAAAAUAAUAGUAGUCAAAAAUUUUAUGGAAAUCUAAAUAAAUAAUAGGAGAUAUCAGAAAUUGAAAAACUUAAAUCAGACGAAAUUUAAAAAGAACUUGAAAAAUUAAAAUAAGAUAAUGAAAAAUUAAUAAAAGAUAAAAGAGAGAAAGAAGAACAAAUGUCUAGAUAAAAGUCUAGAGAAUUAGAAUAAUUAAUUAAAGAUAAUGAAAUUUUAUAAAAAGAAAAGGAGAAAGUUUUAUUGUAAAUAGCAGAAAAAGAAUAAAAGGCCAAAGAAGAGCAAAUCUUAAGGUAAUAAUUAGAAGAAUUGAUGGCAGCUAAGGAAAAAAUGGUUGUAACAGGAGGAAAAGCUAGUGAAGAAGAAAAAAAAAAGUAUCGUUUAUAAUAGAAGAAAUUAAAAUAAUAAAGUCAAGAGCAUGAAAAAUUAUUAGAAGAAAGAGAAAAAUAGAAAGAUGAAUUAUAUGAAUUUGAACAGAAAUAUUAAUCAGUUUAAGAAGAAAUAGAAGCUUUAAGAAAAAAAAAUUAAAGAUUGAGAAAAGUUUAUAAAGAAGCGAUGGUUGAAAUAAAAGAUAUUUAAAAAGAAAAUGAAUAAGAUAAAGAAGAAUUACUUGAAAGCAUCAGAGCCCUAGAAAGAGAAAAUAUAUUAUAUUAAAGAAUAUUAUUAACCAUGUUUAAAGAAGAUGAAUUAUUAAGUCUCAAAGGGGAUUGUGUUUAUGAUGAAGAUAAAAAAGAUUAUAAAGUCCCUCCAUUUAUUUUUAAAUAGAAUAAAGUUUUCUAUCCUACACUACCUUAUAAAGAAGGUAAAUUCUAUCUUUAUUAAUUAAUUAGCACAAGAAUAUAUUGAAAAUCUCAAAGAUCAAAGAUAACUUUAAAUUAAUCCUAAGUAAGACAUGCUUGAAACUCCUUAAAGAGGAAAUAGUAAAAUGAAAUCUGAGGAAAACUAAUAAAGAUCAAGUAGCUAAGGCUUUGAUAAGUAAAGUAGAUAAUAACUUAUGUUGAAAUAACAAUAAUAACAAGUUUAAGAAUUAGAAAAAUUGUAUCCAGCCUCAUAAACACCAUAAUUGGAGAAAAAAUAAAAGGUUUAGUUAAGCCCCAUAAAUAAUAAUAAAUCUUCACGUCCUCCCUCAUCUUAACCUAGUGAUUAAAAUAUUUUUAAAUAAUCUCCUGUUAGAUAGUAAAAAGAGCUCUAAAUACCAGUUAAACUCAAUAACAAAAUACCUUUAGGGAAACUACCACAGGAUAUUGAGAGAAAAAAUUAUCAUUAAUGAAAAAUAUUUAGUUUGGUA